AUACUGGUAAAAGUGGGGGCAGGAUAACUACCAUAUUUACGCUUUGAUCAAUCACGUGCAUUGCACGUUUAUAACCAAUCGCAUGCGUUGGUCGCUUAUAGCCAAUUUCCCGGCCAAAAGGUUGUUGAUCAGUCAGACGAGAGCAGGGAAUCCCCCGAACCCCAAGCCUUAGAAUUAACUAACAGAGGUCCUUCCAUUCUUUCAUUGCAAAACACCAAGAUUUCACUCCUUCAUCUUCUCUUGAAUCUAUGUGACGGCAAUAGCAUUGAGAUGCAGCAAAGGACCUCAAGUUCAACUUCUCCCUGCUCCGGCGAGCACAGAGCCAUCAACCUCGCUGAUCCUCCACAAACAAAGCGAAGAAAAACCGACGGUGAUGAUACGUCCGGCCUUCCACUUUACGAUCCUCGGAGCACCGAUGGGAAGAGGGAGGUUUCCCCGUCACGAUCGGCAGGGAAAUGGCUUCACGCUAUUCCUUUGAUUCUGCUGCUUUGCCUUUUCCUCCUUUGGUUGAAUUCUUUUCCGGUGAAUGUGACAGUUAGGGAUGGCAGAAUUACAGUCAUACGUCAGAUCGGUGCUCUGCUGCCUAACACUACACAUAUUGAUCUCACAAUAUUAGCGGUGUCUGCGACAUCAAUCUCGUCACUUCCUCAAAAACUGUAAUACCACAAUGAAACGUCCUCGCAGUUGGUGAUUGCGCCUAAUUGAAACAUCAUCUUCUUCCAAUAUAAAAAGAGUCAGGGUCUGAAGUUUUACCGAAUUUUUAGUCAAUUCAUGUCCGAUAAGUUUGAGAUGCUUUAUCAAACGAGCUAGACAACAAACUUUGCUGAAUCUUUGUUUCUUUGGAAGGAUCUUGGUUCUGUUACCCUGGGUAAACUUGUUACGUAGAAUACAUGUCAAGACAUCUAGCAUUGUUGAUAUGCUUUGUUGAAUUUACGCGGCGGAGAGGGGAAAAUAUACGCAGAAGAUGGCAACAUUGUAGCUUGUAUUUCAUGGUCAGUAAAAAUAUGUCAACUUAUGUUCUGUGGAAUUUCUGAUGCAAUCGUAGCCUUAGGAUUUAGGAAUAUGACUCGAAGCUUGUUCUAUUGCCAUGCGCCUUGAAUAAUAAACAGUAUGUACCUUUCAAUGCUACAAUUCAGCAACUUCACCCUCUCGACAA